AUGCCGGCGGCCAAGGACCCGAACGCCGCCGAGGAAAGCCCGUCUCUGGGGCUGCCGGCGCCGGACGGGGCGGGGCCCUCUGGUGGGGAUGACCACAAGGCCAGCGAUGGCCUGAGCAAGGCUCAGAAAAAGCGGCAGAAGAAGAAGCAGGCUGCUGCCAGAAAGAAUGCAGGAGGAAGUAGCGUGCCAGCAGAUGGGGAAGGGUUGGAGGAUGAAGGGAAGGUUACAGACAAUGAUGCAGCUCCCAGUGAAGUCAAGGAGGGGAAGGACGGGGACAUGCUGAAGAAGAAGAAGAAGAAGAGGAAGCCGAAAACAUCCCAGACCUGCACACAGACCGACCCACCAACAAUUCCUGUGAAGGACCUUUUUGUGGAUGGCAAGUUUCCAGAGGGCGAAUGGCAGUCGUAUGGAGCCGACAAUGUGUGGCGCGAGAAGAGCGACGAGAUGCAGAGGCGGGUGGAGCUCCAGGAGGACAUGAUCAACGACGCCAGGCAGGCCGCAGAGGUGCACCGCCAAGUGCGACAGUACAUGCAGGGCUACAUUAAGCCCGGCAUGACCAUGGUGCACAUCUGUGAGACGCUGGAGGACAUGGUCAGGAAGCUGAUAGCCGAAAAUGGGCUGGAUGCCGGAAUCGCAUUUCCCACAGGCUGCAGCCUCAAUCACGUGGCAGCGCACUGGACUCCCAACACGGGGGACAAGACGGUCAUCGAGUACGAUGACGUUAUGAAGUUAGAUUUCGGCACACACGUGAACGGCCGCAUUAUCGACUGCGCCUACACUCACACCUUCAACCCCAUGUUCGACCCCUUGCUGGAGGCAGUCAGGGAGGCAACCAAUACCGGUAUACGGGAGACGGGCAUAGAUGUGCGCCUGUGCGAUGUGGGGGCCGCCAUCCAAGAGGUCAUGGAGUCGCAUGAGGUCGAAAUACGUGGCAAGACAUAUCAGGUGCGCUGCGUGAGGAACCUUAACGGCCACUCAGUCGCGCACUACCUGGUGCACGGCGCCAACAGCGUGCCCAUCGUGAAGGGCGGCGAGGCCACUCGCAUGGAGGAGGGCGAAUUCUAUGCCAUAGAGACGUUUGGCACGACGGGGCGGGGCCGGGUGGUGGACGACCUUGAGUGCAGUCACUACUUGAAGAACGGCGCCAUGGGAUAUGUGCCGCUGCGGAUGCCCCGGGCGAAGCAGCUGCUGCACACGAUCAACACGCACUUUGGCACGCUGGGUUUCUGCAGAAGGUACUUGGACCGCCUGGGCGAGACAAAGUACCUGAUGGCCUUAAGGAACCUUUGCGACAGUGGAAUCAUCGAUGCCUGUCCCCCGCUGUGCGACACGAAGGGGUCGUACGUCGCCCAGUUCGAGCACACCGUCUACCUCCACCCCACCAAGAAGGAAGUCUUGUCGCGGGGCGACGACUACUGA